UAUUUUUUUGGAAUUUACUGUUUAAAUAAUGAAUCAUGGAUAUCGAUUGAAAUAGAUAAAACUCUUAUCUGCGUCCUGAUGCGUUGACAUGUAUGUAUUUCAAAGGAAGUUAAUCUAGUUGGUCGAGUGUCUUUUAGGCAGGAUUUUAACAGUUUAAUUCAUAAAAAUGGAUGUGCAAAAAAACAAUUGUUUUCUUUUAAGAAAAAUGGUUAUUGAUGUAAUUGUCUUAUGUAUUGUUGGCAUCCCGAUACUGCUUUUCUACUUUAUUGGAUCGGCAAAUGAACGAGGUUUCUUCUGCGACGAUGAAUCUCUGAAGUACAGCCUCAAAAAUUCUACUAUCACGAGUGGUGUGCUGUAUGGCGUCGGAUAUAGUCUACCAAUUUGUAUAAUGUGUUUGACGGAAUGGAUCCGCCUACGCGACUACAAGGGCGGAGAACGUGUCAUUCUGGGCCUGGAGAUACCCGCGUGGGUCUGGGAGUUAUAUCGAUGUGUCGGAGUGUUCCUCUUCGGUUGCGCCUGUCAGCAGCUCACCACGGAUGUCGCCAAAUAUACCGUUGGUAGACUGCGGCCCCACUUCUUUGAAGUAUGCAAUCCUACAAUAGAUUGCUCUCUGCCAGAAAACCGAAAUCGUUACAUCGAGUCCUUCACGUGCUUAGGAACAAAUAAGAAGUUGCUUAAGGAGAUGCGACUCUCUUUCCCCAGUGGACACUCUUCCUUCUCAGUCUUCUCAAUGAUAUUUUUGGCGCUUUACCUACAAGCGCGCUUUACAUGGAAAGGAUCUAAGCUCCUACGACACAUCAUGCAGCUCAUAGUCAUUAUGAUGGCCUGGUACACCUGCCUCUCACGAGUCUCCGACAAUAAACACCACUGGGGUGACGUCCUUGGUGGUUUCCUCAUUGGAUUCUUUUACGCAGUCACCAUAUUUGCAUACCUCUACAAGCCACUGAGCCUCGGCACCCGCUACUCGGCGCUAAUGGAGUCACAAGCACUGCCGCGGCCUAUGAACUGAUAGGCAUACAAUUACAAGAAAUAUGUAACUGAAAAAAAAACACCCUACAAAAUAUCCCUCAAUGAUAAUUACCAAACAUGACAUUCUGACUGCAGAAGGGUCGUUAAGUACGUAAGCAUUUACUGCAAUUUAUCCCCCCUUUCCUCUUGUCGGCAAAAGUAAGCAAGCUCUCAAAAUAAUAGCACCCAUUUUUUAUAGGAAUCCCCGAAAAUGCAUUUCGUUUUCAAGCAUAGACAAUGUGUGGGUAAUAUGUGUAAAAAGUUUAUAAUAACUUUACCUAAUCUUCAAAUAAUCUUCCCUUAAUAGUGCUGAUACUUGAACGGCCCCAGAAGCUUUUAAACACCAACUUUAUAAUGAUUAGGCAGAAAUCUGAUAUCCAUUAUUUGUGUAGCUCCAACAUGACAAACCACAUCAGUUAAGUUUUGGACCAUGGAAACUGCUCACAGCUUUACUUUAGAUCAAAAAAAAAAUUAAUUAAACAGAUAUAGGAAGCCUCUGAAAAGUACUUUAUACGUGACAAACUUUGAAUGUUUUCCUAAUAUUAUAUGUAUCAAGUUAUUACGUUACCUCAUACCAUAAGUAUUAAUUUGUAAAACGAAUUUCAUCUAAUUGCACCGUUCUUGGGCAUUUCUUUUCAUCAUAGCAUCAACAAAAUAUGUCAGAAAGAUGCAGAGAAGGUGCAUCUGAUAGAUUUAGUGAAUAAGUUCAAAUGUAAUUAAAACAAAAUUAAAUAA